AUGGAGGAGGAAUUUGUGUCCAAUCAGGAGAGGCUGAAGCCUCAGGAGGAAAGGAAUGAAGAGGAGCGCACAAAGGUGGAUGAGCUGCGUGGUUCCCCAAUGAGCGUGGGCAGCUUGGAGGAAAUCAUUGACGAGAACCAUGCGAUCGUCUCGUCAUUGGUGGGCCCGGAGUACUAUGUCAACAUCAUGUCCUUUGUGGACAAGGGCCAGCUGGAGCCCGGCUGCAGCAUCCUCCUGCACAACAAGGUGCUGUCAGUAGUGGGCAUUCUGCAGGAUGAAGCAGACCCCAUGGUCUCUGUCAUGAAGGUUGAGAAGGCUCCCUUGGAGUCCUAUGCAGACGUGGGUGGGCUGGAGCAGCAGGUGCAGGAGAUCAAGGAGGCUGUCGAGCUGCCCCUGACUCACCCCGAGCUCUAUGAGGACAUCGGCAUCAAGCCCCCCAAGGGAGUGAUCUUGUAUGGGGAGCCAGGCACAGGGAAGACCCUGCUAGCCAAGGCGGUGGCCAACAGCACCAGUGCAACCUUCCUGCGCGUGGUGGGCUCCGAGCUCAUCCAGAAGUACUUGGGAGACGGGCCCAAGCUGGUCCGCGAGCUCUUCAGGGUCGCCGAUGAGCUGGCGCCCUCCAUCGUCUUCAUCGAUGAGGUGGACGCGAUCGGCGCGAAGCGGUACGAGUCGCAGUCUGGCGGCGAGCGCGAGAUCCAGCGCACCAUGCUUGAGCUGCUCAACCAGAUGGACGGCUUUGACGCGCGCGGGGAUGUCAAGGUGAUCAUGGCGACGAACCGGAUCGAGUCUCUGGACCCGGCGCUGAUCCGGCCGGGGCGAAUUGACCGCAAGAUUGAGUUCCCGCUGCCGGACACCAAGACCAAGCGCCGCAUCUUCGGCAUCCACACCGGCCGCAUGACGCUCGGCACCGACGUCAAUCUGGAAGAGUUUGUCCUCUCCAAGGAUGAGCUGUCGGGUGCGGACAUCAAGGCGAUGUGCACGGAGGCCGGCCUGCUGGCUCUGCGCGAGCGACGCAUGCGCGUGACCCACACGGAUUUUAAGAAGGCCAAGGAGAAGGUGCUGUACAAGAAGAAGGAGGGCGUCCCAGAGGGCCUCUACCUCUAGGCAGCUGCAGACAAGAUCUGGAUCAGUAAAGGCGUCUGUUGGUGCAAUCGCAUUCUGAAGUGGGCUCUCUUUUCAGUGGCCAUAUGCUUUGCUAAUUUGUGGUUUCAGCCCUGUAGAUGUGAAUGUUUGUAAGGAGCUUGUGCAUC